AUGUAUAUCAAAAAUUUAAUCUCUUUUUCAACAAAACGUAAUUUACUUUUAAAUUCGGGGAAAAAAUUUUUUUUUUCAUCUUCAAAUUCUUUAAAUACUUUACAAAAAAAAACCCCGAAUUUAAUUAAUUAUAAUUGUAAAUGUUUGGAAUGUAGUAUUCCUUCAUUUAAAAAUUCUUCUUAUACUUUUAAUAAGGAUAAACAAAAUAUUGUUCUUCAAGUUUGCAAGAAAAUUUUAUCUGCUAUUCAAUUGGAACAUAAUCGUGCUGAAUUAUUUUAUGAUAGAAAUUCUUUAACUCAUGAAAAUAUUAUUAAUUAUCAUGAUAUAAAAAAAUUUAUUGAUCAUGAAUUUAAAGAUUUAAUUAAUUCUAAUAAAUUAUUUUAUGAAAAAUAUAACCAAAUUUUUAAAUGGUCUAUUUAUAAAGAUGUUAGUAUUCAAGAACAUCGUUUAAAAUCUCAACUUAUUCAAAAUUUAUCAACUUAUCUUCCAGGAUUUAAAUAUCUUUAUACUUUUGAAUGGAAUUAUGUUCUUAACAAACCUCAUUAUGGUCAAGGUGAUUUUAUUUUUGCUUCGGAUUCGGGUGUUUUUUGUGUUGUUGAAGUUAAACAUAUGAAAACUAUUACUGGUUCAACUGCUAGAAAAGCUAGAAAUUUGGCUAGAAAAGUUGUUGGUUUACAAGCUUUAAAGUAUAAAAUGUUGGCUUUAAAAAAAUUUGAAAAACAACAAAUAACUGUUAUUAGUGCUAUUUUUAUUAAUGGUUUAAAUUGGGAUAUGAAUGAAAAUGAUGUUCAGCUUAUUUUUGUUAAUGAUAUUGAUAAAAAAAUUGCUCAAGUUAUUGGUAAAAAAUAUAAAAAAGAUUUAAAAAAAUUAAAAUCAGAUUACGGAAUUUUUCCUUACGGCUUAGCUAUAGGUUUUACAAGUAUAAUUAUAACUUAUUUAUAUUUUCAUUUACGUUUAGAAAAUGAUGAUAAAUAA